AUGCCCAGGUCAAAAAAAUCAGCGCGGACCGGGAAGAAGAAGCCAACAGCUCCGCCUAUCCAGACAGGGUGGUUCACCAUCCGCCGCAUUUUGGACGAGAGGCGCGUCGCAAACACCACCGAGUACCUUGUUGACUGGGACGACGACGCCACUACCGGCGCAUCGCACACGCCUACCUGGGUCGUGAGCGCCGACGUAACCGCCCUAGCCAAGGAAGAGUGGAAGAAGAGCAAGGCAUCAAGCACCCCCAUACCACUGCCCGCGACGUUGGGAUCCUCUGCCAGCCAGGUCGAUCAAUCGCCGCGCCCUGCAAACUUCCGCCAGAUAGAGCGAACGAAAUCAAAGACACGCGCCAGAUCUUGUUCUACUGCUUCGAGUAUUGAUGCUGGGCCCGCUACGAAGCGCCCGCGAUAUAGUUCCAGUCCCUCCACUGACCAAGUCCCCUCUAUUGUCUCGGGCCCUUCUCCCAGCCCUGCGGCUGAUGUACCUGAGAUCGAAUAUUUCACCAACUCCAACCCGCCAACUGAGAUUUGUAUCGGUAUCCCAAAGGCGCCAAACUUUGACACCUCAGAGUUCUUCAGCGUGUGCAGAUCGCAGUCCGCCAGUCACCCAUCGCAAUCGUUGAGUGAGCUCGAAGAGCAGGACCAGCGAGUCGCGCUUUCUAGUCAAAUCAGCCUCCGAACUGUUCCAGACUCUCAAGACUACUCUGGGCAAUCACUAUCCACUGCCUCUCUGCAUAAAGCUACCGAUCACUUUGUCUCUUCCCUUGUAGCAUCGGACGGCGUCGAAAUUCCAGACUCGCUAGAACGGGACGUGAUCCCGGACUCGCUGGAUCGAGACAGGAAUCACACCAUCACACCAAGUGGCACAGGAGAUCUCCAAGAAUAUAUUCCCCAGUCUAGCAUUCCGGCUGGACUCAACGCCAGCUCUGUUAUCCCUUCCCAUCAAGAGGUCACCAAAGAGCAGUCCUUACCCGAAGUCCUCGGACUCGACAGUAACCCAGGUGAUUCGGACCAGCCUCACAGAUUGUCGCAAAUCGCAGCCAAACCCUCAGUUGGUGCAAGCUCCGGCGAGGCGCUGGUAUUUCUUUCCCAAAUUGAAAUACACGAACCUUCUCUGCUUCUUUCUAGCUCCCCCGGCCGCGAGCCGUCACCUCCAUCUCCUAGCCAGGCGGCCAUAAGCACGGCCCCGCAAGUCAACCACGGAAUAUCGCAAGACGCCCAGGUAGUUCACAACUUUCUCGAUACUGAGUCGGAAGACGUUACCGAUAGCAACAACACCAAGAUUGCAGAGAUUAGUGGCUAUCCCCUUCAGCACGACAUCAGCAUGGCAGACAACAUGCAUGGCAACUCUGGCACUCAGCGGUCAGCUGUAGACGAGUUGAAUGAACUCUUUACGCUCCACUCAAGAACAUAUUCUCAAACACGGCCAGAAGAAGUUAUAAAUCAACCUAUCAACACAGACAUUGAGGUCUCCGAUUUGAGCGAGACACAAAACGAAGUGCAGCAGAACUCGCCUCCGACUACGGGUGCUCUGGAAUCCAGCCACUGGCACCCGCCAACAGUCGAGGCAGUUGACGAUCCAGACCUGAGUGGUACAGGAAUCGCCUUUGAUACCCAGCCUGCGGCAAACACGCAGAUACUCGUGCCUAUACAUACUCUUCAAGAGCUGCCUGAUACCAUCUCACCUUCAGACAUCUUGGAAACUGCUGGAGCAGUGUUGAAUGCCAACACCGAUCCAAUGCUCGACUCACUUGGAGUAACACCCGCUGCUAUAUUUGGGAGCUCUGAAGAACACUUUAGCGCGGGACAGCAGCCGCCAGGCUCACCAUCAUCAUCUACCACCAGCGACGAACCUGCACUCAUGCAACAUGUUAUCACAUUGCCGUUCCAAGCAAAUUUACGACCGCAAUAUGACGACACCUUACUGGCUCACAGAAAGUACAUCACUGAGUUUUCUAAAGUCUUCAGCAACGAAGAGUAUGUCGACCCAAAACCUAGUCUCGUUGCGAAGAUCGAUGAUCUGUUUCUUGCUCUCCGCAACUACUGUGAUUACCCACAAGACCUUGUCGGUACCACGCUCGAAAAGCUAUCGCCACCUGAGCAGGCGAAGUACGCCUGCGACGCCAACCCAAAGUUCUGUUUCGUGUUUGAGCUUUUACAAGGCAUAGAAACCAAUAUUCGUGUCCUUAUUAUUGCCCAAUCUAUCGAGCUCCUGCAGCUUUUGGCACAUAUUACGACGACUUUGGAUAUUGAUUGUUCUGCGCGAGCGCUGGGGUCAUUAGAUAACAACUCGAAUGACUCGGCGUGUAAUGUGACACUGGCAUUGCCAAGCGAGGAGAUUGACAUUGAUGAGUUCGAGGUUGUUAUCGGCUUUGAUCACUCAUUUAGUGGCUCACCGGUAGCCAAGGCUUUAUCUCCCGAGGGGCAGGCGGUACGCCCGCCAAUGCUACUCUCACUUGUCACUACGCACUCUAUUGAGCAUAUUGACAGACAUCUGCCAGAAGAACUGAGCCCUCUAGAGAGAAGAAACGCUCUGUUGGCAACUAUUGUCAAUGCGAGAAAGCUUACCACUGACCCAGACCGGGGCUAUCCUGAACCCCACGAAAUCGCGAGCAUGUUUUGCGACUUUCUAAACGGCGCUGUCGAGGGAGUCUUGUGGGACCCAAUUCCAGUGCCAGAGGAAGUGCUUGAUAUUUACAUGAGCUCGCAGUCGCAGUCGCAGCAACCUGCAGUGGUUGAGGCAGAGGGCAACCGUAAGCGCAAGCUUGAUGAUUACGACGAAGAAGAGGCAAAAAGGGCACGUACGAUUCCAAAGGGAUCUACAACUUGCAAAGAAGAAGUGCCUUUGCCUGACGAUGUGCGCCAACUUCUCGAUUCUGCCUCAACAGCUAGCGAGAAUCUUCCUGGCUCGGGUGUGUCCAUUCAAAUUUCACUAUCAGUGCUGCAGGCGAUCGCGGAGAAGAUGUCGGAGCUUGAGCGGCGAGUUGCAUUGAGUGAGACGGAGGCCCAAUAUAAGGCUGUGAUCGAGAGCCUAGAGGCGCGUCUCAAGGAAUAUGAGCGAACUUCGGGCAAAACCUAUGAGAAAUAUCGGGCUGCUGUUGAGGAGCGGUCGAAUUUUGAAAGAGAAAAGAAGGAAGCAGACGCGGCCCUCCAAUCAGCACAAGAGGCAGCCCAAAAGAAGAGCACCAAAUUACAGGCCAAGAUCGAAGAGCUGGAGGCCGCCGUUUCAAGGCUUACAUCCGGUGGCGAGGGCGAGGGAGCGAACCCGCUGGCGACCUCUGAGAAACUACUUCAGGAAGCUCGACAGACGGCGAACAGGCUUGAAAAGCGUCUGCAAAAUGCCACACAAGAUGGUGAGUAUGCCAAGAACGCAUACCAAGAAGCAUCCAGUGCGGCGACGGCCCUGCAGACGGAGAAUAGGGAGCUCAAGGGCCAGAACGAAAAGCUGCGCUCGCGCGGCUCGGAGAAUGUGGUUAGGAUCCACGAGAUGCAACACGCGUCCAUGGCUAAGGUGUACCUGAAGCAGGUGGACGAGCUCCAGACGCAGAAGCGCGAGCGAGAGAGGGAGCUCGACCGCGUGCGGGAGGAACUGCGGCAGGCGAGGACGCGGCGCGAGACGAGGCAGGCCAGUGUACCGCGUAGUCCGCGUAUGGGCCUGAUGAGUCACAGCACCGGGCGGCCGAACCCGACGAGUCGAGGGACGAGCCCAACGGGCACGACGGAGGCGGGCGGCGCCAUGAUUGGGGCGCAGCCGAAUGGGCGGUGGAACCAUCUCCGGGAGUAA